UCCAUUAAUCAAUCCCACCAUAACAGCAGACAUUCAUCUAAGCUAAUUAAGCAACGUUACACGAACUAAGAAGCCAUACUUUGCACCAUGAGGACAAUCGCACUAUCAGCAUUAAUGUUGUAUCUGUUCUUCGCCGGACAAUGUGGCGGAUCUCUGUUAUCGUUACUCGAUCACCAUCCCGAUCCAAUCGGAAGCAGUUUGUUGUCCGAUCUCAUCAGAUCCGAUCUGUUUUCGAACCCUUUUAGAGAACUGGAGCAGAUUCCGUUUGGAAUCGAGCAAGACGAUGAAGUGAUUGUGUUGCCGGCGAGAGUGGAUUGGAAGGAGACAAGAAACAGUCAUGUGAUCACGAUGGAUGUUCCUGGGAUGAAGAAGGAAGAGUUGAAGAUUGAGGUGGAGGAGAAUCGGGUUUUGAGAGUUAGUGGAGAGCGGAGGAGGGAGAAGGAGAAGGAGGAGGUGGAGAAAGACGGUGGUGGUGAUCACUGGCACCGCUGUGAACGGUCGUAUGGAAAGUUCUGGAGGCAGUUUAGGUUACCUGAAAAUCUCGAUCUAGACAAGGUGAAUGCGAGGCUUGAGGAUGGAGUGUUGACGAUUUCCAUCGGGAAAUUGACACCGGACCAGAUAAAAAGGCCGAAGGUGGUGAGCAUUGGUGCCGGAGAACCAUCUGCGCUGCUGUCUGAUUCGGAGACGAAAUCGGAACUUUGAAUGUGUUAAUGCAGUUCUGUCGUAAGGCUGUGUUGACUGUCGAGUAUUGACUGAUGUUGUUUGCUACUUUGCUUAAGGCUUUGUUCACUUAUGUUCAAAUAUAUGUUUAAUGUACGAAAAUGUUAUUAAUAUGUGCUAAAAAAAUAUAAAAACACUUAAUUUAUUAAAUUGGUUCGCAAAGUAAAGAAAAAUAAUGUACAAUUACAAAAUCAUAAUCAUUAAUCAUAUAUUUGCAAACAUUUAUCCAUAACUAUAUAGUCAUUUUAGACUCAUAUGUAAAAUGGUUUGAAAAUAUGAAUAAUGCUCUUUAUGUCAAAAUUAAUUAUAAAAUGAUUAUUGGUGUAUA